AUCACCGAGUCACUCCACUCGGGCCUAGGACGAUAUAUCGGACUAUUCAUUAAUUAUUGAUAGAUUUAUAGGAUAUCACUGUGUUAUUGAGGUAAUGUCCGAUGAGGCUGUCUCUAGCGGAUGUUAGGUGAGAAAGAUGUUGCUGACGUCAUCACACAGUGUGUAGAUGAAGAGAUGCUGACAGUUUCCUGGGUUGAAUGGCUGCCUCGCUUCUUCGUCGCUGGGAUCAUGCUGUUUCUUAUGCUUCUCAUCCUCGGCUAUCUCAUCGAUUCAUUCAUCUGCCACAAGGAGGAGCCACCUACUCUAUGCUACAGAAACUCACUCCUGUCAAAAUAUCUGCUGAAGAAAUGUGAGCGUCUCCGUCAGCCUUAUCAUCCUAAUGUCUUCUUGAGGAACAGACACAUACAGACGCUGCUGUCGCUAGUCAUUCGUCCAAUACAUUGUCGAUUCGAUAGGACUUAUUUACAAAUGAAGGAUAAGGGAGUGAUUGCUUUAGACUGGUUUAUCGGAGAGAGAAACCGAGAUAUUGCAGCUUGCUUGAAUAUAAUACUCAUCAUUCCACGGAUACUUGGGAAUGCUCUGUCAGUACAUGGUGCUUGUACAGAGGCUUCGAACUUAGGGUAUUCAGCUGUUGUCUUCAAUAGGCGGGGACAGGGAGGCAGUGAGCUCACCACACCUUUAGUGAAGCCUUAUAGUGACCAUACGGACUUGGGUCAGGUCGUAGCGUAUCUAAAAGACAUGUUUCCAAACGCCACUAUCACUGCCAUAAGCUACGGACUUGGUUCAGGUUGCCUUCUCUCCUACCUCGGUGAGUAUGGGUCGUCUGCUAAGAUUACCACCGCUGUGUGCAUAUCACCUGUUUAUGAUGCUAAAGAGGUUCUACGCAGUGGAAUACGCAAACCUUAUUCUUGGUUACUGUUGUGGCGUCUCAAACAAAUAUUAAGACGCCAUGCGUCUGCUUUCGAGCGUGUCUUGGACGUCCAGAAUGUGUGCCAAUCUAAUGAUCUACUAGAAUAUGAUUACCGUAUUUCUGAAUGUAACGGAUAUUCAAACUUUGAUUCUUACUGGGAGGAGAACAAUCCUUUCCGGGAUGUUGACGAUAUUGCCACGCCUAUGCUUUUCAUCAACAGCUUAGACGAUCCAGUUUGUACGAAAGACACCAUAGCAUUCGACCUUUUCAAAGCGUAUCCCAAUUUCAUUCUGUGUCUCACUAAAUAUGGCGGCCAUUGUGGAUUUCUAGAGAACAUGUUUCAAACAACCUCCACGUGGGCAGAAUCGUUAGCUAUACAAUACAUCCGGGCUUCUCUGAACUUUAUUUGGCACGAGAAAAGAAUUAACCUCCAUUUGAACAACCAUCGGAGGUAACACGUGACCGUACGCUAGCGCCAUCUUGUUGCACAUGACACCAGCUUGACACGUGACCGUAUUGCUAGCGCCAUCUUGUGUGUUGUAUGAUAGGUUGAGAUUAUAUUGAUAUACUGGAUAGUGUACGAGGUUCAACCUGUUCUUUCAUUCCAAGCAACAGUAGCAGUGUUCUAUUUGCUUUGUAUCCUGAUGUCAUUUAUCAUUUAUUGUUUCCGAUUCAGUGGACUAGGUGCUGAUCAACGGCUGCCUGAAAAAUACUAACCAGAGACUGUUCAACACUUCGGAGUGAAACGAGAGAAUGGCCUCUGUUGCAUGAUACUGGUAACUGAUUCUUGCCGAGUUUUCCACAGCGUCAAGUUGACACGAAUGUAUUAUUUUCUCAUUAAGUUAAUUAAAGUGAUUUUUAAAAUAAAUUCGAGAAGAGACUUA